AUGGCACCCCUGGUCGCCUCUGGGCUCGUGAACGGGGACGUCUUUGUACACCGUUACGGCAGCGGCGAGGGUGACGAUGGUGCUGGGGGCAGCGGCGGCGGCGGCGGCAGCGACGAGGACAGCGACGGCGACGGGGCCGGCGGCGCCCUCGCCGCCGCCCAGCGCGCGCAGCGCGGCGCGAGCAGCAGCGGCCGGCCCGGCGGCAGCAUCACCGCGUCCCGCGCGCUGCACCGCCGCGGCAAGGGCGGCGCGUCGUGUCGCGCGGUGCGGUUUGCAGGCGACGGGUCCGGCCUCGUGUGCGGUUACGAAUCUGGCAGCAUACAGGUGCUCGACCUCGAAACCGGGAAGCUAUCCGCACGCUUUGCAAAAGCGCACGACGCGGGCAUCACGCGGCUGCUCUCCCUCGACGGCCGCCGCGGCGGCGGCGCCGCCGCCGGCGACGGCGAGGCAGCUGCCGCGCAGCUGCUCGCCGCGGGCGACGAGGACGGGGGCCUGAAGAUCUGGGACCUGCGGCGGCCGGCGGGCGCGGGGGCGGUGAUGACGUAUGGCAAGCACACUGACUUUAUCACUGGGCUGACGCAGCGGCACGACAAUGGGUUCUUAGUGGCGUCCUCUGGGGACGGGACGCUGUCGGUGCACGACCUGAGGGGCCGCAAGGCGGUGGCGCGGUCGGAGGCAGACGCGGACGAUGAGAUGCUCUCAGUCGUGGUCUUGAAGCAUGGCAAGAAGGUGGUGGCCGGCUGCCAGAGCGGCGUGCUGUCUAUUUUCAGCUGGGGCUACUGGAACGACUGCUCCGACCGCUUCCCCGGCCACCCAGAGUCUGUUGACGCCCUGGUCGCGUUUGAUGAGGAGACCAUCAUCACCGGCUCCAGCGACGGCGCGCUGCGGGUGCUGAACGUGCAGCCCAACAAGCUGCUGGGGGUGGUGGGGGAGUACAAGGAGGGCACGCCGGUUGAGCGCCUGGCGCUGGGCUGGGACCACAGGGUGGCCGCGAGCGCGUCUCACGAGGCGGCGGUUCGGCUCUGGGACCUGUCGUGCCUGCACGACGACAGCGGCGGCGAGGAGGAGGAGGAGGAGGAGGCGGAUGAGGAGGGCGAGGGCAACGGUGAGGAGGAAGGUGGGGAGGGCGAGCGGGCCGCGGCAGCGGCGGAGGCCGGCGGCGGCGGCGGGGGAGCGGAGGAGGGCGAGGGCGGCAGCGGCGACGGCAGCGACUCGAGCGGCAGCGGCGGCGGCAGCGACGGUGACAGCGGCAGCGACAGCGACAGUGACGAGGGCGACAAGCGCAAGCGGAAGCGGCGCGAGCGCACGCGGAUGACCAAGGGCAACAACCGGCCGAAGACGGGCGGCAACUUUUUCGCGGAUUUGUUGUGA